GUGACGAGUACGCGCUGGACAUCGAAAACCAGUCCGGCUCCCGGCUGGAGGCUAGCGCGGAGGAGCGGCGGCAGCUGGUGCUGGGGCUGGUGCUGCAUGACAAGGCGAAGGGCAGCAUGAGGAGGGGCGACUACGCCACAGCCCUACAGGAGCUCCUCCUAGCCGAGGAGGCCCUCACCUCCUCACCCACCUCCUCCUCCUCUGCUGGCCCCUCCACCUCCUCCUCCGGCCCCUCCACCCUCGCCUCCUUCCUCGCCUCCACCGACAACCUGCCGCUGCUGCGACUCGACCUGGUGUGGGCCGCUUGGCAGCUCCGCGACCUGCGCCGGCUGGCGGUGUGCCGCGAGCGGUUGGCGGCGGUACGACAGGGGCUGGCGGCGGCGCAUGGGCCGGGCGGCGAGCGGUUGAGGAACCUGACGGGCGGUGCGGUGGCGGCGGAGCUGGCGACCUAUCUGCGUCUGGACGUGUGUGAGGGCCUGGUGGCGUACUACGGAGGCGAGGGGCGGGCGGCGGCGGAGGCGUGCUUCAGAGCGGCGCAGGAGAAGUGGCGCAGGCUGCAGGUGUCCGACGAGUCCCUCGCACUGCUGCAGUCCAUGGGUUACGGCCUCAGGGAGAGCCGCCGCGCGUUGCGGUUGAGCGGCGGGGACGUGGGGGCGGCGGUGGAGUUCAUAGCAGCGCAGCAGCGGGCGGAGGAGGAGCGCGCCGCCCGCCGCAAGCGGCUGCACGAUUGGAACCACGAGCGCGUGUUGUACGGCAAGACACCGGUGGGUCAGCAAUACGUGGAUCCGGAGCAGCUGGACCGGCUGGGGUCGCUGGGCUUCCCACGGCGGCUGGCGGCGGAGGCACUGCGGAAGAAUGAGAACCGGGGGCAGGACGCACUGGACGAGCUGAGCAAGCCGGAGCGGCGCCGGGCACUGGAGCUGGAGGUGGCGCUGAGGGAGGGGGUGAUGCAGGCAACCAGCAGCGGGAGUGCGGCGGAGGCAGGGACAAGCACCGGCGGCGGUGAAGGCGCGCUGGCGGCGGGUUCUGGUACGGCAGCUGGCGGCAGCGG